AUGGUACAGUCUCUCACCCAAUCGAGCGAAGAUAAACUCAGUUUAGAAGUGCUCGCCUAUUUAAUACACGCAUUUCUUAUCAAAUUCGGGAAAUUACAAGGAUUAAAUAAGAAUGACUUUACUAGUUGGCUCAAUGUUUUGUCUUCCUCCUACGGAAGCGUGUACAAACUAUUGAACGAGACUUCUAUCUUGAAACUGUGGGGGAAUAGUGUAGAGAAGGACACGUUUGUUAGUUGUUUUACGAAACCAAUUUGGUUGCUUUUCGAGUCGGAACAAUACACAAAAUCAGCAGAAAUCAAGUCAAUCUUUUUCAACAUUAUCGCUAUAUCAGUAAUAUCCCAUGGACAAUCUUUCAGCUCCCAAACAUCUAUCAUACAGAAUCUUGAGUAUUAUGAACAUCUUGGUGAGCCAAUGGCCGAGCUUUUGAGUCACCUCGAUCAUCAGUUCAAUGAGACAGACUUAACGCACAACUGUUUAGUGGAUGUUUCCAACCGUACGUUCUCGGGAGCUGAUUUGAAAGCCCCACGGUCAUUUUCCAGGUUUAUUAUCAAAUUGACUCAACUGUCGCCUGCACUGGUACUCAAACAUGUCGUUCUCCUACAAUCGCAUAUUGAUAGUGACGCAUAUACAAUGCGUAAUGCUAUCAUUGAGUGUUUUGGUAUACUUAUCACUCACUUGUCGACACUUAACGACGAAUCCACUGAUACGGAAUCACAACAAACGCAGAUCCAGUCUUUCUUUGCUGUUCUCACAGACCGUUUCCUUGACAAUAACAGCUACGUACGGUCAAAAGUAAUACAGACAUACUUGAAAUUAGUUGAGCUACCUACGAAAUUCCCGAAGCAACGAAUCGAGCUGCUCGAAAGUACGAUCAGACAUCUGAGCGAUAAGAGCUCAACUGUGAGGAAGAAUGCGACGUCACUCAUCAUAAAGCUCAUUCUAACCCAUCCAUAUGGUAUGCUCCAUGGCGGACGCCUCAAUCAGAAGGAGUGGAUGGAGAGACUACAGUCAGUAGAUACCCAAUUGGCCACCAUAGCUCCAAAACUAGAUGAUGAAAAGCAGCAGGACGAGAAUGAAAUGGAUGAAGAUGAAGGCAGCGAGAAUCGUCGUAAAUCAAAAAAGUUCGCUCGUAAAUCCCAAGCGGCUGCUGAAAAUAUGGCACAGCACGACUCCGACCAAAUUGCGCGUCUGCGUUUGACGAGAUCCUACUACGCCGACGCUUUAGAGUUCAUACAAUUGAUCGAGAAGGCUACACCAACAAUCGCAACCUUACUCUCAUCAACUAACAAAUCAGAAGUACUCGAAGCGAUUGAGUUCUUCAGAGUUGGUUAUGAAUAUGGCAUUCAAUCGUCAGAAAUUGGUGUAAGGAGGAUGAUUCACCUUAUCUGGGCAAAGGAUAAUACCGUCAUUGAAGACGGAAAGGAAGUCAAAGGUGUAAGGGCCCGUGUAAUUGACACUUACAAAUCACUUUACCUUGAUCCUAUCUCUGACCCUAACAUGACUCCUCAGCAGCAAGUAUCACGGAUAUGCAAAAACCUCAUCCAACUGACAUUUAACGCAACCCUCGCGGAGCUCACCUCCCUUGAGGCACUCAUCAGUACCGUUAUGUCCACCGAUGGUAUACAUACCGACGUCAUCAAUAAACUCUGGCAGGUCUACUCAGUACAGAAGGAUAUACCGAAGGCACAGCGUCGAGGUGCGAUCAUCAUAAUAGGUAUGAUGGCUGUUGCCAAAUCGGAUAUUGUACACGAUGGAAUAGACACACUUAUCAAGAUAGGUCUCGGUCCACUCGGAAAGGCCGACCUUGCAUUGGCGAGAUACACCUGCAUAGCCUUACAGAGAAUUUCAGGAUCAGUAAAGAAAGUGAAGGGAUCACUCCAGGAUGCCUCCAUUCGUCUACCAAUGUCUGAACCAAUUUUCAGACGGUUGCAGGAAGCACUUGAGCAUCCAACAACUUCCCAGGCGUGGUUUGGUAUGGCAGAGCAGGCAAUAAACGCGAUUUAUGUCCUUGGAGAACAGCCUGACAUCCUAUGUAAUGUUAUGAUCAAGCAUAUGGCUCAGAAAGCCUUCACUGCAGAAACUCAAGGUGAUGCUAUGCAAACUGAUGAAGAGAGUGACAAAGUAAUAGGAAAUGCCUUCCUUUUAAGUCAGCUUGUCUUCACAGUUGGCCAUGUUGCAAUCAGACACAUCGUGUAUCUCGAGCUCGUCGAGAGGGAACUCAAACGACGCAAAGCUGACGCAGAUGCCGAGAAGGAUUCGAAAAAAGGCAUGAAGCAGAAGCAAGCGGAGGGUAUCGACGAAGUUGCAGGUAAUGCAGAAGAUGAUAUCGGUGAUGGUAUUGCGGCUGUCAAGGAACGUGAAUUGCUUUAUGGGGAAAACAGUCUCUUGGCUAUAUUUGGACCAAUUCUCGCUCACAUUUGCUACAAUCCUCGCCAAUACUCUUUCCCGAUGUUGAGGGCAGCUGCUACGCUCUCACUUUCGAAAUUUAUGUGUGUCAGUUCGAAAUUUUGCGAAGAACACCUCCUUCUACUCUUCAAAAUACUCGAGACAGCCCAAGACCCGACAAUUCGUUGCAACGUUGUCAUUGCAUUGGGUGAUAUCGCGAUCUGUUUCUCUAACUUGAUAGUUGAGAACAGUGAUAAACUCUACGCUGGGCUGGGCGAUAAGGAGAUAGUCGUCAAGAAAAAUACCUUUAUGGUACUCACACACUUGAUUCUCAAUGGAAUGGUUAAAGUGAAGGGUCAGCUAGGUGAAAUGGCUAAAUGUCUCGAUGAUACUGAAUCUCGUAUAUCUGAUCUCGCUAAGUUGUUCUUCACGGAAUUGUCGACAAAAGACAAUGCAGUGUACAACAAUUUACCGGAUAUUAUUUCCCAUCUCUCUGUUGGCGUACACGCUGUAGACGAGGAGACAUUCAAGAGCACGAUGAAGUUUAUCUUCAAGUUCAUUGAGAAGGAAAAGCAAGCGGAGAAUAUCAUCGACAAACUCUGUCAGAGGUUUAGACUCGCAAAUGAGGAGAAACAAUGGCGUGAUGUUGCAUUCUGUCUUUCACUCUUGCCGUUUAAGAGCGAGAGGUCAUUCAAGCGUUUGAUAGAAGGGUUGCCGUACUACCAGGAUAAACUACACGAGCCAAUCGUCUAUAAGCGCUUUACUGAGAUACUUGCAAAAGCACGCUCGAAUAAGGCUACAAAAUCUGACAACGAGAUUAAAGAAUUCGAGGGUGUUCUCGAGAAAGCCAAAGCGAAGAGUGAAGAAGAAGCGCGUUUGGCUGGACGUGCAGCUGGAGAUAAACGCUAUGAAAGACGCAAAUCGAAGAGGCUCUCAGUGCACAUAUCCAAAAACUCGCUCAAAUCAGACGACGAGGAAGAAAAGGAGAAUGUUGGAAACGGAGAGCAUGAACAUGCGAGCGAGGUUGAACAACAAGAAGCUCCAUCUAGCAAGUCAAAUAAGCCGAUAUCCCGUGAAAACACGAUGAAAAUGUCUGACGAAGAAGAAGAAAUCAAGCCAAAAGCAAAAGCACCACGUGGAAGAGCUAAGAAAUCAGCACCACCUCCACGCACGACGCGCAGAACACGUCGUCAAGUCGCUAUAUCAGAUGAAGAUGAGUGA